UGUCGCAGAUCCGCGCUAAAGCUCGGCCUGCGGGCCAGUGGAUACAGGACUCCACAAGCAUCAACUUGUCCAGGCGACUGGACGCGGAUGCGCCCCGUGCGCAUUGCCUGAUAACUACGGAGAGACACUUUGCGGUGCUGUGACGGCCGCGUCUCAGCCGGAAGUCCACCACGCUUCGCCAAAGCCUCGAAGACUUUAUCUAGAUUGGUGCUGUCCUUUGCAGACGUUUCAAAGUAGGCACAGUUGUCACCGAGAGCUUGGAGUACCUCCGCCGUUGAGACAUCUCUCUCAGACUGCAGGAGAUCCACUUUGUUAGCGCACACCACCAAGGCGAGUUCAGAGCGUUUUCUGAGUUUGGAUUUGGCUGCCAGGAUCUCCUGUCUGAGGGCGCAGACCUCUUCGAAAGAGCUUCUGUCAUCCAGACUAAAGACCAGCAGGAAAAUGUCCCCUGAAGCAACAAUUACACAUUUAAUUUAUAUCUCACACUUUCCACCAUGCCAAAAAUAAAGGUACGCACCUGUAAGGAUGGAUAAUCGCCGCUUGGCUGGGAAGUCCCUCUCCCUUGAUGCAUCCAGGAUGUCAAUUUGAAUACUACAUCAAAGCCAGCCACCAAAGACCACAAAAAACAGCGUUCAUGGCCCAUGUGCUCAAAAAUCAGUCAAAGGAUAUGAGCAAAAAUGCUCAUCCGGGAACUCUGCGCCUUGGAUCUCAACCCCUGGCUCAUACAGGAUCUGAGUUUGAUGAUGGAAGGAUGCUUCUUCCACACAGCAUCCUGGGUAGUUUGGAUGACUUUAGAAAGUAUCUGGUGAUGAGAGGAGAGACAGAGUUGGUGAAGCAAGUACCAAAUUCCCAAAGAGACCCUCCAUCACAGGUGCUUAGGAAGAAUCCUUCUGAAGAGGCUCAGAACAAGCAAGACAUUUCUUUAGGUCACAGAAACUUUCAGGCAAAGGCCCUGCAAAAUUGGGAUGCAUAUAUAAGACAGCGAAGGCGGCAGCAGAACAUGUUAUCUGGCCGGCUCCAAAGGCCAGUGGAGAACUUACUGAUGAACCGAGAUUACAGUUUCAAAGAAAUCCAGGAGCAGAGAGAACUUCUAAGACGGGUCAUGCCACUCAUCCAGUCAGGAUAUGGCCACCGUGUGGGAAGUGAAUUUUGGAGUCUCCCCCAGCACUAUGGGGAUGAAAUAAGUGGCAUCAGAGCCACACUGACGCAGACAGAACGAGGCAAACAGAAACCUGUCACACUUAUCAGACAACCACGCAGCAUACUCCAGGAAUCAGGAAUCGCUUGUGCUGAGAUGCUGCGUCCAGCCUCACAGAUUUGGGACCCAAAUACGAACCUGCAUCGCCAUCGUCACAUCAUUAAAGAUCUUCUACGCGGCAUAGACAUCAACAAAACGGACUUUAGCAGACUGGAGGUCAUUGGCUCAAGCAAACCAGCUGCCAAAAUGUGCCCCAGCCCCUUGUUGGAGGAGGUGGCGGUGGAGAACAAGCAGAGCUGCAAGAUUGAAACUGAGAAUGUUGAUCCGUCGACACAUUGUGAUGAUGAUCAGUCUGAUUUAUCAGUCAUUCCUGCUUUGAUGUUUGCCGGGCAGCUUGCCAGCUGGACUGGAAACUCUCCUAGUCAGCAGGGAGAGGUAAGAAUCAACACAACAGUAAUAUUUGAGGCUCUUGUCGGCGAACAGGUCUCGUCUCAACUUAAAAUACACAAUGUGGGCAGCACAGCCAUCCUCUUCAGCUGGCAGAAGCUUCCAAUCCCACAGAGUUUCUCAAACCUACAAUCACAAUCAAACAGCCCACACUUCUACUUCAACACCUCUUCUGGCGUCAUCUAUCCAGGUGGCACCCAGCAGAUUGAGUUUAUAUUUAAGUCAGAGAGACCGGGCCUCCUAACUGAACGUUGGCAGCUCAACACCCACCCUUUACUGCUGCAAGGAGCCUCCAUUCAGGUCACACUCAAAGGGGUGUCACUGUACCAGGACACAACUGAAAAACAGAGGGAAUUCAUACAGCAAAAGUUGGAAGAGACAGUAAGUCAGGAAAUUUGCCAAAUGAUAAUGUACGAUGUGCUUCGGGGGAUCCGGACUCCAGUGAGAUGCAACUCUCCUGCAGAGCCAUUCAAGUUUCAGUACCUUGAUCAGUCGGAAGAGGAGCUAAAGAAGCUUUUGCAAGAAAUGAAUCCAGAACGCAUUUGGCAGCCCUCUGAGUCACCUACACAGGACGAACCUCAGGUGGAUGACCAAAUGGACAGCCUGCGUGUGUCAGUGGAUAAGUUCAAUGAUGGUGAUGACCAAGACACCUACUGCGAUGACACAAUAGACACAGACGACUGAAUGUACUGUACAAGUUGCAACAUUAGGUACACCAACUUAAAAGAAAUUCAAGACAAGAACUGUAAGAACUUGUUAUGGAUAUCUUGUUAUUGAUAUGGAUAUCUUGUU